AUUAUUUAUUAAUUUCAUUAUUUAGCUUUGAACACUGUGUUUAACUCUGUAGAGGUAGAGGUAACAUUAAGUCUCGCGAUACAUACACAUAAAAUCGCGAGACAUUGUUGCUCCGCUGUCAGUGCUGCAAAUAGGAAGUUGAACUUGCUUGCAGGAUCGCAGAAUCAUGCCUGAACAAAGCGGUAAGGUCCAGACGGUGCUGGGUCUGAUUGAACCCGAUCAGCUGGGCCGCACCAUGACCCACGAACACCUUACAAUGACGUUUGAGUGCAGCCAUGUUCCCCCAGCAUCUGGAGACGAGGGCCUUGCCGCAGCUCCCAUUGAGAUGAAGCAUCUUCACUGGUUGCAGCAGAAUCCAUACAGCCACCAUGAGAACCUGCUGCUGAAUCAAGAGAUCGAGGCGGUGAAGGAAGAGCUGUUGUGUUACCGUAAAGCAGGAGGAGGAUCCAUAGUGGAGAACACCACCACGGGCAUCACCCGAAAUCUGCCCGUUUUGCGGCAGCUGGCCAAAGAGACGGGUGUGCAUAUCAUAGCUGGAGCGGGGUACUACGUGGACGUGACUCACUCUGAUGAGACAAGAAAAAUGACCGUUGAGAAGCUAACUGAUAUCAUUGUCAAUGAGAUUCUCCAUGGCGCAGACGGUACAGAUAUCCGCUGUGGUGUGAUUGGAGAGAUCGGUACGAGCUGGCCAAUCACAGAGAGCGAGAAGAAGGUCCUGCGAGCCACCGCUCACGCUCAGACUCAGCUCGGCUGCCCGGUUAUCAUCCACCCCGGACGAAACAAAGCCGCUCCUGGGGAGGCCAUCCGCAUUCUGCAAGAAGCAGGUGGAGAUAUCUCCAAAACAGUCAUGUCUCAUCUUGACAGGAGCAUAUAUGAUCCACGAGAAUUGCUGGAGUUCGCAAAGAUGGGGAGCUACCUUGAAUAUGACCUCUUUGGCACAGAGGUGCUGAAUUAUCAGUUUAACCUUGAUGUUGACAUGCUUAGCGACAGCCAGAGAGUUCAGACCUUGGCUUUCCUGAUCAGAGAAGGUUAUGAAGACAGAAUCCUCAUUGCCCAUGAUAUCCACACCAAGCACCGACUGACCAAGUAUGGCGGUCAUGGCUUCUCCCACAUCCUGAAGAAUAUUGUUCCCAAAAUGCUGUCUCGAGGUAUCACUCAGAACCAGGUGGACAAAAUACUGAUAGAGAAUCCUAAACAAUGGCUGACAUUUAAAUAAACCAACCGCCUUAAAAAUCAAUUUCCUUCCUCAAGUUAACAUACCAAAAAUUGAUUUCUAAUUUUUAUUGUCAGGAACAUUGUUGUACUGUUGAUUUUGGUGCUAAAAUCCUUACUUUGGUGAGCGUUAAUUCAUGUGCACUGUUAAAAAUAAAGGUUUCAAAAGAGGGUUUUUAUAGAAACACAAUAGAAAAGCCAUUCUGGGUUCCCUGAAGAACCUUUCAAUUAAAAAAAUAACUUUUUUAGUGUGAAGAAUAUUUUAAUAAUAUAAGAAUCUUUUUGUGCAGUGGAAUAAUUUCUUCAUGGAAACAUUGAUGCCAAGAAAAAAAAACCUUUAUGUAAGAUGGCAAAGUUGAGAUCCAUAGCUCACAUGUUAAGUUUAACACUAUCUAGAAUAUUCAAAUCAAAUAUUCACUAGUCUUCACUGAUCAAAGUUCUCUCAGCACAAAAAAGUGGGUAAAAUAAAAACAUGGCUCUGAGUCAUGGAAAAUAGGUGCUUUUUACUUAAAUUGGAUGAACUAGCAAAGAAAAUAUUAUUAUUUAGGCUAAUAAUGCAGCUCAGGGAAUCACAAGUGAAACAUUACUAGUGUAUUCAAAGGUCUGAUGAAAUAUCCUGACUACAGUACUUACUAAUUAGCCCGUGCAAAAUAUCUUUUAAUCAAUCACACAUUUACGGAGCCCCGCACAUGACAUACAAGAAAAAAUAAAUAAAUCACGUGCACGAUUUACUAAUUCGUUCCCUCUAUGUAUUAAAUCGUGCACACGAUUACUAUUUCGUUCCCUCGAUUUGGUAAAUCAUACACACAAUUUACUUAUUCGUUCACUCGAUUUAUAAAUCAUGUGCAUGACUUAGCAAUUCGAGGGAAUGAAAUAGUAAAUCGUGCGCAAGAUUUAGCCUACUGUGUUUCUUCUGCAUGCCAUGUGCGAGGUUCUGUACACAUUCUAAUAGUUUACAAAAUGUUCUUUCUGAUAUUGUGUAGCUGCAAACAUGUUGAACAUACAGUUGCCCCUUGACAACGACUGACUAUUAGAACUAAGGUGAUUGAAUGUGACCGUAUGCCUAAAGUAAGACUGCUUGCUGUACACGUUUGUUGUUUGGCAAGCCUGAUGUUUCACAGCGCAUCUCUUUUGAAGGCAUGCGUUCUGACAGGUCAUUGGGUAGGACAGAGAGAUGAGUUUCUCUGGAGCAGGUGGCUGCUCACAGUGACUCCUGUAGUAAAAUAAUGACACUGUCAGGUGCUCUUUUCUCUUGUAACAACAAGGUAAUACUAAAAAACAUGCCGAGUCAUCCGUAAGUUACUUUUAAGAAGAUGGCAUGUUAAUUAAUCUUGCCCAUUUCCUUUAAUUUUAAUAUUUUUUUGCUCCAGCAUGAAAAACUGAUUUCCUUUUUUAAUGUAUAGAUAUAGGACUACCAUUUUACAAUCGUAUAUUUAGUUUAGUGCUUUUAAAGAAAUAGCAAAAUAUUAUAAAUGUACUUGAUCAAACAUUCAGUAAUCAAGUGAAGGAUAUUUCAUAGUUGCAUUUGUUGAUUGCUGUACUGCACUACUUAUGUAGAGCUUUUAGUUUUAUAGCAAAUGUAUACACGCAUGCAAAUCAUACAAGAUAUUUUAUUCACAAUUAUUUGAUGACACUGCACAUACCAGACACAUAUUUUUAAAUGACGACAUUUAUAUAAAACGAUACAGAACUGUGGCUUGAAUGUGACAAUUUGUGUAUGAAGAAUGAGAAAUUAUUAAAGAGAUGUAAUCUGAACUAUAUUUCGGGGCUAAUGGUGUGUGCUUUGUAUUAGCCUCUUCUGAUCAGCCAUGUGUCAGUGUAAGGUAGGCACAUAUGGAAUGGAAUGAUGUCAAAUGAUUUUCUGCUUUCACGGCCAGUUAAUCUCUCAAUAAAUAUAACUGCAAUCAUCA